AGCAAGCAUUUCCAUAUAUGACACAGGCCCUGCAAGAGGCCAUCAAGAACACAAGUGUGCCUCAGUCGGUUCAGUGAGAGAGACAUGGAAUUUGAAGAUGAGGUAGUGGAAGAGAUGGAGAGGGAGCUUGAGGAGAUGAGGGAGUGUUACAGGAGCGGGAGGACAAGAGAAGCCUCCUGGAGGAAGUCACAGCUCAAAGGGCUGCUCCAACUCCUCAGGGAAAGAGAGGAGGAGAUCUUCAGGGCUCUCCAUCAAGACCUGGGCAAGCAUCCUGCUGAGGCCUACAGGGAUGAGAUAGGAAGCUUGAUAAAGUCUCUGAACUAUGCAUUGGACGGUUUGAAACGAUGGAUGUCAGGCAAAAAGGCCAAACUGCCAAGAAUCGCAUUACUCACGAGUGCGGAGAUUGUUCCUGAACCUCUUGGUCUAGUCCUGGUAAUCUCAUCCUGGAACUUUCCAAUCGGACUAUCCUUGGAACCGCUAAUAGGAGCGCUAGCUGCAGGCAAUGCCGUGGUUUUAAAACCUUCGGAGUUGGCCCCGGAAUGCUCUUCUCUUCUAGCGAAUGCCAUUCCUUGUUAUUUAGACGACAAAGCCGUGAAAGUCGUUCAAGGUGGUCCUGGUGUUGGCGAACAGCUUUUGCAUCAGAAAUGGGACAAAAUAUUCUUCACAGGGAGUGUCCGAAUAGGACGAAGAGUCUUGGCGGCAGCGGCGGAGCAUCUGACGCCUGUUACAUUGGAGCUCGGUGGAAAAUGCCCUGCCGUAGUAGAUACUCUCUCUAGCUCAUUUGACAGAAAGGUGGCUGCGCAACGAGUUCUUGGGGGGAAAUUCAGUUUCGCUGCGGGACAAGUAUGCAUCGGAGUGGACUAUGUUCUAGUGGACAAGAAAUUCAGUUCCACUUUGGUCGAAACAAUGAAGGUCGUGAUGAAGAAGAUGUUUGGAGAAAACCCUAGAGAGUCGCGAAGUGUCGCAAGAAUCGUGAAUAAGCAUCAUUUCAUAAGAUUGCAGAACCUUCUACUCGAUCCUAUGGUUAAAUCUUCUAUUGUCUACGGCGGAUCGAUGGAUGAAGAUAACCUGUUCAUCGAGCCGACAAUCUUGAUGGAUCCUCCACUUCAAGCGGCAAUCAUGACGGAUGAAAUCUUCGGACCAUUACUGCCCAUUGUAACUCUAAACAAGAUAGAAGACAGCAUCAAGUUCAUAAACUCGAGGCCUAAACCAUUAGCCGUCUAUGUCUUCACUAAAGAUGAGUCGCUGAGGAGGAGCGUGGUGUCGAAGACGUCGUCUGGGAGUGUCGUAUCUAAUGAUGUAGUCGUUCAGUAUCUAGCUGAUACUCUCCCCUUCGGCGGAAUCGGCGAGAGCGGGAUGGGCAGAUGUCACGGGAAAUUCUCCUUCGACGCCUUCAGCCACCAAAAAGCAGUGAUGAGAAGAAGCUUCCUUGUUGACUUCUGGUUCAGGUUCCCGCCCUGGAAUGAUCACAAGCUGCAGCUCUUCCGGUCGUCGUAUCGUUAUGACUACCUCGGGAUCGUUUUGACCGUGCUGGGCCUGAAGAAGACGGACAGAGUCUCGAAAAGCGUACAGACAUCUAACUGAGCAUGGCCACCAUGUCCUAUGAAAUACCUUACCAAGAGAUUGCUUUAUACAUGCGCGCUAGGAAGAGGGCGAUUUGUACCUGGUUUGAGCUUUCUUCGUUCUAAACAUCGGUGUCCGAAAAGGCAUUUCCUGUGU